GUGCACGGGGUAACAACAUUCGUACACGUGCACACAAUGCAAGCAGCAGAGAAAGGCGCGUUUCGUGACCCAAAAAUGACUGCUACCCCCCUGCAACCGAAUGCCAAAACUGCUCGGGCCGCAAGGUGCGGCAUAGACCGCGAAAUUCAUGGUGCGCUAAUCAAUAAUGUAUUUAGUGUGCGAAACUUCGUGCCGGGAUAUAUUCCAGUCGAGGACCACCACUGGCGAAAGGUGGUGGCCGAGCAUUGUUCUGCGGCAUCCAGGCCCGUGUCCGGCGGUCGGUCCGCUACGUAAAGUCUCGCGGAAUAAUUACGAGUUUCGCCAUUGAAUCAGGAAUGUACCAAACAAGGCAGAAACAGCCGACCUGCCCAUUCCAUUAUUAAUUCAAUUAGUGCUAGACGCAUACUGAUCGUUGGAUUAAUGCAUCCCACGGACCAUAAUCUCAUUCCGCCAUCUGAACGACUAAAGCCGGCCGAUAUCACGUUCGGUAUACAUGGAGUGUCUCAGAUUGAUUGAAUCAUGUUACGAUGCUGGCUUUCUCGAUGUGGUACUUUAUGAAGUCAACACAUGUAUCGGGAGUGAGAAAUAUUACACACGGUGUAUCGAGGCAUAUACGAUCUAUCGGAUUUCCCAAAGGUAGCAAUACAGGGAUAUUCUUUGCCCUGGGAGUUCCCGUAGAUAUUCCAGAUAAAUCUAUAUCGAUGUCGUUUUAUUUUGAAGCAAAUUAUGGAUUGCCAUAUGAAUGGAAUUCAAGUUACAUCUACGAGGAAGGUUAUUACGCAAAACGAAGUCUUAGUCGUCAAUUGAUGUACAAGAUGUUCACAAGUAAAAUGGACAGCCUGGGCUAUCCUGGACUGAAUUGUUUGCUAAGAACAAUCUGCGAAGCUGAAAAAUAUUCUUUAAACGAAAACGGCGUGCUUGGUGACAUUCUUCAAAUCAUAUUCAAACCCUCUAUGUCAGCGAAUGAAGAUCUUCCAAAUGAGAUUGUAGAAGCUGAACACGAACAACACUGUGAUCAACGUUACAAAAAGUGCCCUGUAAAUCUUUUGGAUUUAAUAAGCCAUUAUAACACUAAUUGAAUAACUUUGCUUAAUUACAUUACAUCGAGAAUAAUUAUAAAAUUUAUUAAUUUAUACAACCAGUCAAAAAAAUAUCAGAGAUGUUGAUAUCUAUGAUCUGUCAUAUUAAAUAUCAGCAGAAACCAAACAAA